AACGGUGUGCAGGCCAAUGCAACCUGUCAAGACUCAAGUCACAAGUUCAAGAGCAGCCGCGCGAGCCGGCGAGUAUCAGAAAUACCGCAGCUUUCGCGUAGAACGCACGCGAACGGUUAACGCGAUCGAGCGGUGUGGAUUCGUAAUUCAAAUUUGAAUUUUUAAACGAGUGUUUUUUUUUCUGUACUAUAAGGUUUUUGCUGCCAGGUCGUCGGACAGUCAACGAUGCAGAACUUUAUAAGAUGUGCAGCACUGCUACUCGCGGUAGUAGCAACAUGCGCCAUGUCCGCAUCGCAAGAUGACAACCUAACCUUAGACAGAAAGGAGCCCACCACUCACGAACUUCUCAGCUCACUCGGGCUAAAGAAGCUCAGAAUACCAGCAGCACAUCACAGAAAACGUCUCGCUGAGCAAGGAAGACGUCACGCGACCGGCGAUUCUAGAAUGUAUGUGAUUAAAUUACCGCCGAACACAAGCUAUUACACGCACGCUGACCCCGCUCCGGCUGCGGCUCGAACCUUACCCCUACAGAUGACAAGCAACGGGAAACCAGCAAGGGUCUACCACUGGAACCUACCAGUGUUACACAAACUCACAAAGAACCGACCACAGGCUAGAUUUGACGACGACGUGGUGAACGUCGAAAGCACGCCAACUUGGCCGAAAAUAAAUCAUCCUAACUCGAUCGAUGCGUUGGCUUAUUACGUUCCGUCGAAAAAGUCAUCGUUCAGGAAAUAUUUCUCGGGUAACGGGAAGCCGAAGUCAUUCUACGUGAUCGACAAGAACAAGAAUUCCGCGGAGUACCACAGACUACUUCCCUAAUUCAACUGUUAUUUAAAUAAUACUCUACAGUAAUUAGACUGAUGUUAUUGUAUUAAUUUUAUUUUUAAGGAACACGUAAUAAAUGAAGCUUACGUUUUAUUGCAAUAACGCUAAAAUAAUACAAUAACAUGUCUAUGUAAUGAAAAUCAAAUUAUAGCAAGUUAUAAAUUUUAUAGCCGACCAAACAUAUCUAAAACCAGUUGGGCCUACAUCAUCAUAAGAAAAAUCAGAAAUAAUAAUUUUAUAUGAUAACGGUCCGCUAUAUUUAUUUUAACCUAAUUCCGUUUACAGCUAUGUCGUUUGAAUUGAUUAGUAAAACAUAAAAAUAUAAAAAACGUGAAACUUUACUUGUAAAUCGAAAUGUAACAUUAAAAUAUACAUUAACACUUGCACUGUAACAGUGACUUAAGUUUUACGUAAAUUGUCAUUUAAUCAUUUGAAAAAAUGCGCU